AUGGCCCUGGUAACGCUGUCUCUCUGGGCGCUAACGGCUCUCACCUGGGCGAACCUCCUCCAGGUGUCCGCCAACCGGCACGCCGUGCACUGGAACAGCUCCAACAUACACCUGCGCAGAGAGGGCUACACGGUGCAGGUGAACGUCAACGACUACCUGGACAUCUACUGCCCCCACUACAAUGACAGCCAGCGCAUGGUGGGCACCGGCGAGCAGUACGUCCUCUACAUGGUCAGUUACCGGGGUUACAGGACCUGCGACCCCCAGCUGGGCUUCAAGCGGUGGGAGUGCAACCGCCCCCACGCGCCCCACGCGCCGAUCAAGUUCUCGGAGAAGUUCCAGCGCUACAGCGCCUUCUCGCUGGGCUACGAGUUCCACGUGGGGCAGGAGUACUACUACAUCUCUACGCCCACCCAUCACCACGGACGCAGCUGUCUGAGGCUACGAGUCUACGUCUGCUGCUCCACAGCCUCUGAUGUGGAUGAUGAGCCAGAGCCUACAGAACCAGACUACACACUUAGACCAGGACUCAAAAUUGAUGACAUUGAUGACUUUAACCCUUUCGUUCCCAAGCUGGAGAAGAGUGUCAGCGGGAGCAGCCCGUCGAGGGACCGCCUCCUCAUCACCGUCAUGAUGCUCCUCCUGGUCACGCUCUUCGUCUCCUAGCAACAGCUGUCCCAUCAGCAUCGCCA